AUGGGCACGGCGUCGUCCCUGGUGCCUCCCGCGGCGGGCGGCGGCGGGGAGGUGAUCGAGGACACGUACGGGGCGGGCGGCGGCGAGGCGUGCGAGAUCCCGGUGGAGGUGAAGCCCAAGGCCCGCCUGCUGCGCGGCUCGCUCCGCAGGGCCGCGGGGCUGACGGGCGGCCAGCUCCAAGUCGGCGCCAGCUUCAGGUCGACGGGCUCGGCGGGGCCCGAGCUGGAGUGCGCGGCGGCCGAGUACGAGCGGCUCAAGAAGGAGUACGACAUCUUCCGCGUCAGCAAGAACCAGGAGCUGUUGGCCAUGGGCCGCCGCGAGGCCAAGCUCGACUCGGAGAACAAGCGGCUGCGGGCCGAGCUGCAGGCACUUCAAAAAACUUAUCAGAAGAUCCUGCGAGAAAAGGAAAGUGCCUUAGAAGCAAAAUAUCAAGCCAUGGAGAGAGCAUCUACAUUUGAACAUGACAGAGAUAAAGUCAAACGACAGUUCAAGAUUUUCAGGGAGACCAAGGAAAAUGAGAUUCAGGAUUUACUGCGGGCCAAGCGGGAGUUGGAGAGCAAACUCCAGAGGCUACAGGCUCAGGGGAUCCAGGUAUUUGAUCCUGGAGAAUCGGAUUCCGAUGACAACUGUACGGAUGUUACUGCUACAGGGACUCACUGUGAAUAUUGGACAGGUGGAGCCUUGGGCAGCGAACCGUCCAUAGGGAGCAUGAUCCAACUGCAGCAGACCUGCCGGGGCCCAGAGUUUGCUCAUAGCUCCAUCGACGUGGAAGGACCCUUUGCAAAUGUCAACAGAGAUGACUGGGAUGUUGCUGUGGCUAGUUUGUUACAAGUUACUCCCUUGUUUUCACAUUCUCUAUGGAGCAAUACUGUCAGAUGUUACCUCAUUUACACAGAUGAGACACAGCCUGAAAUGGAUCUUUUCCUUAAGGACUAUUCACCAAAACUUAAAAGAAUGUGUGAGACAAUGGGAUAUUUUUUCCAUGCUGUAUAUUUUCCCAUAGAUAUUGAAAAUCAAUACCUUACUGUCAGGAAAUGGGAAAUUGAGAAGAGUUCCUUAGUUAUUUUAUUCAUUCAUUUAACUUUACCCAGCCUUCUAGUGGAGGACUGUGAAGAAGCUUUUCUGAAGAACUCAGAAGGCAAACCACGCCUAAUCUACCACCGUUUGGAAGAUGGGCAGGUCAGUUCCAACUCUGUCCAGAGAUUCAUCGAUCAAGUUUCUCACCUGAACAAGGCCAGCAAAGCCAAGAUCAUUGAUCAUUCCGGAGACCCUGCAGAAGGGGUGUAUAAGACUUUCAUUUAUGUGGAAAAGAUCAUUAAACAGGACCUUCUUGGCUUUGAGAACGUGGAGCUGGUGACAAAGGAUGUGGGCAGUGAAGAGGCCCUUCCAGAGGAGGAGGGUUUGGGUGAUGUGCCAUGGGACAUCCAUGACGAACAAGAGCAAAUGGAAACUUUUCAGCAAGCUUCAAAUUCAGCCCAUGAGCUGGGCUUUGAAAAGUAUUACCAGCGGCUGAACGACCUCGUGGCUGCUCCAGCUCCGAUCCCACCACUGCUCGUAUCUGGAGGACCAGGUUCUGGAAAGUCCCUUCUUUUAGCCAAGUGGAUUCAGUUGCAACAGAAGAAUUCUCCAAAUACACUAGUUCUUUCUCAUUUUGUGGGGAGACCCCAGUCUACCAGCUCCGAGUCUUCCUUGAUUAUUAAGCGAUUCACUCUCAAGCUGAUGCAACACUCUUGGUGGGCUUCUACCCUCACACUGGAUCCUAUGAAGCUUCUGGAAGAAUUUCCACGUUGGCUGGAAAAGCUCUCUGCCCGCCAUCAAGGCAGCGUCAUCAUCAUUAUUGAUUCUAUAGAUCAAGUGCAGCAAGUUGAAAAGCACAUGACAUGGCUGAUAGACCCACUGCCAGUGAAUGUCAGAGUAAUUGUCUCUGUGAAUGUGCAAACAUGCCCUCCAGCAUGGAGGUUGUGGCCAACACUUCAUCUUGAUCCUUUAAAUCCAAAUGAUGCAAAAGCUAUUAUAAUUGCAGAAUGCCAUUCUUCGGACAUCAAAUUGAAUAAAGAGCAGGAGAAGCAGCUGGAACGACACUGUCGUUCCGCCACAACUUGCAGUGCCCUGUAUGUCACCCUUUUCGGCAGAGUGGUGGCUCGUGCGGGGAGAGCAGGAAACUUGGAUAAAAUCCUUCAUCAGUGUUUCCAGUGUCAAGAUACUAUUUCCCUGUACAGACUGGUCCUUCGGUUCAUCCAGGACUCCAUGGGGAAUGAGAUGGACAAAGAACUCAUGAAACAGAUUCUCUGCCUUGUAACUGUCAGUCACAAUGGCGUGAGUGAGUCUGAGCUAAUGGAUCUUUACCCCGAGAUGUCCUGGGCCGUCUUAACCUCCCUGGUGCACAGUUUACACAAGAUGGGUUUGCUGACCUAUGGUUGUGGUUUGCUCAAGUUUCGACACCUGCAGGCAUGGGAGACAGUGAGGCUGGAGUACCUGGAAGGUGGGCCACUCAUCUCCUCCUACAGGCAGAAGCUCAUCAACUACUUCACCACACAGCUCAGCCAGGACCGUGUGACGUGGAGGAGCGCCGAUGAGCUCCCCUGGCUCUUCCAGCAGCAGGGGAGUAAACAGAAGUUGCACGAUUGCCUUCUUAAUCUCUUCCUGUCUCAGAAUCUUUAUAAAAGGGGCCACUUUGCCCAGCUGCUGAGCUACUGGCAGUUCGUUGGCAAAGACAAAAGUGCUAUGGCGGCUGAAUACUUUGAUUCACUGAAGCAAUAUGAGAAGAAAUGCGAGGAUGAGGAGAGCUUGGUGUGCUUGGCAGGUCUCUGUGAAACCCUGGGGCGCUUUCUCAAAGACCUAGGUCUGCUCAGUCAGGCUGUUGUCCCUUUGCAGAAGUCCCUAGAAAUUCGAGAAACUGCUCUAGACCCUGAUCACCCCAAAGUGGCUCAGUCCCUCCACCAACUCGCCAGCGUGUAUGUGCAGUGGAAGAAGUUUGGCAAUGCAGAGCAGCUGUAUAAACAGGCCCUGGAAAUCUCCGAGAAUGCCUACGGGGCCGACCACCCCCACAUCGCUCGGGAGCUAGAGGCACUUGCGACUCUGUACCUAAAGCAAAAUAAGUAUGAACAAGCUGAACAUUUUAGGAAAAAGUCUUUUAAAAUUCGUCAGAAAGCUACAAGGAGAAAAGGCAACUUGUAUGGCUUUGCCCUUCUUCGCCGAAGGGCUCUCCAGUUAGAGGAGCUCACGUUGGGGAAGGACACCACUGACAAUGCUCGGACCCUUAAUGAACUAGGUGUUCUCUACUAUCUUCAGAAUAACCUGGAAACAGCCGAACAGUUUCUGAAACGUUCCUUAGAGAUGAGGGAGCGAAUCCUGGGACCUGAUCACCCAGACUGCGCACAGUCUUUGAAUAACCUUGCAGCACUCUGCAAUGAAAAGAAACAGUAUGACAAAGCAGAGGAACUUUAUGAAAGAGCUUUUGACAUUCGGAGACAGGCCUUAGCUCCUGAUCACCCUUCCUUGGCUUACACAGUGAAACAUCUUGCCAUCUUGUAUAAGAAAAUGGGGAAACUUGACAAAGCUGUACCUUUGUAUGAGCUGGCGGUGGAAAUUCGGCAGAAAUCCUUUGGCCCCAAGCACCCCAGUGUAGCUACAGCCUUGGUGAACUUGGCUGUUAUCUACAGCCAAAUGAAAAAGCACAUCGAAGCCUUGCCUUUAUAUGAAAGAGCAUUAAAGAUUUAUGAAGACAGCCUGGGUCAGAUGCAUCCUCGAGUUGGAGAAACAUUAAAAAAUUUAGCUGUGCUUAGCUAUGAAGAAGGGGAUUUUGAAAAAGCUGCGGAACUAUACAAAAGGGCAAUGGAAAUCAAAGAAGCAGAAACGUCCCUUUUGGGUGGAAAAGCUCCUUCCCGACACUCAUCCAGUGGAGACACAUUUAGUUUAAAAACCACCCAUUCUCCAAAUGUUUUCCUUCAUCAAGGACCAAGGUAA